GCGGAAGGAGGCGGUUUGAGGGAGAAAAUGGCGCCGAGCCGGAGUAAGGGUCCGGUUGUGAGGAGGAAAAACAAUGUGCUGAGGAGCUUAUACCGGCUAAAGAUAACUGGACAGUUUUCUCAUCGAAUGUUUCAAAAUUUGCCACCCAUUCUUUGUGUCCCCUUGAAAAACAUAGUGGAUGAUGAUUUUUUACUAGCUGGUCAUAUAUUCCUUGGUUUUACAAAAUGUGGUAGGUAUGUACUGUCCUACACCAGAGAUGUGCCAGAGCAAGACUUUGAUGAAUUACCCUACUAUGUGUAUUACCUGUACUGGUGGAAGUUCAACAUCCAUGACAAGUUGAAAAAGGUUAGGCAAGUGCUUCUUUUCAAAGAUCAGGAAGUGUACAGUGACCUGUAUCUAACUGUGUGUGAAUGGCCAAGUGAUCCCUCAAAGCUUAUUGUGUUUGGAUUCAACAUUCGGUCAGUAAAUGAUCUGCUGAUAAAUAUGGUUAUGAGCGAUGAAAAUGAUAGAGAUAUUUAUAUCACAACUGUUGCCACACCGCCAUUUGUGCUGUGUCCCGACUGCAGAGAUAUGGCUUUCCUUAAUACAGGUGAGCAGAAUGCCUAUUGCCUGCAGCACGGCUUCAUGCUUCACACUAAGUACCAGGUGGUGUAUCCCUUUCCCACGUUCCAGCCUGCUUUCCAGCUCAAGAAAGAUGGAGUAGUGUUACUUAACACCAGCUACUCUCUGGUAGCAUGUGCAAUAUCUGUAAAUACAACAGGGAAAAAUGAACAAGUUCUGUACGGCAAGAGCAGAGAAAACGGUGAGCCUCCAGGAGAUCAUGAGGUGGAUCCAAGGACUUGUAUUUCACCGGGAUUGUGCAGUCCCAAGUCAAUUCAUAACUGUGAAGGCACAAAACACCCUUUAUGCAGCCAAGGAACCCUGGACUCCGCCUCUCACAAAGCCAAUGCUGACAACUGCCCGCGCACGGAAAACUGUUCGGAGGAAGCGUUGAGCUGGGAACAUGAAGCCUGCAAGCACGCCGUUUUGGCAGUGUGUAACCCUGCCCACUGCGACCGUCUGUCUGCUGCGGGCAAAGCAAAGGAGUUUGCAGCUGACAUCUUCAGACGAGCGAGAGCUGCCACCGGCACCCUGGAGCCGUUGGGCAGCGUAGACCUGCGCAAGGAAGAUGCCCUACAAAGGAAACUUGCGGGAGACUGCCUCCAUAUCCCUAAUCUGCAAGGAAGCGAGACUUCGGAAAACCUUCCUUCCGCCUCCGGUGAAUCCAAAUUACCGAACCAGUGUUCUAGUUGUGUUGCAGAUACUUGUAGUUAUGCCUUAAGUACCAAGGAAUCACAUUCCGUUGUUUUGGGGUGCACUUGUACCACCCAUGGGAAGCCCACCCUAGACAAUGGUGCAUCAUCUGAUGCUCAAGCAAGUACUGAAGGGACAAGUUGUUUUGUGCAGAGUGACUGGAGCACAACGGAUGAUUGUAGCACCCAGCACCAGGAAACUGCACAAAUAGACCCAGGUUAUGUGAAUUACAUAAAGCUGCACUAUGUUUUGGAACCCACUGGCAUGAUGGUAGAUGAUGAAGGAUAUGAUGAUAAGAUCUCAUUGCCCUUUGUAGUGACUGACUUGAGAGGAAAGAAUCUGAAGCCUUUUAAAGAAAAUGCCUUGUUUCAGGGCAAGUACCUGACUGUAGAGCAACUGACACUUGACUUUGAAUAUGUUAUUAAUGAGGUGAUAAGGAAUGAUGCUUCCUGGUCAAAACGCUACUGUUCCUUCAGUGAUUAUGACAUAGUAAUCCUAGAGGUAUGUCCGGUAACCAACCAUGUCAUCAUUAACAUAGGACUGCUGCUCUUAGCAUACCCUUCAGAUGAGGAAGGACAGGCAAGACCCAAGGCAUAUCACACUUGUUUGAAGGGUGCGUGGAACCUAAACACAGGCAUCUUUGCGACUGUGGGUGUUGGAGACUUGACCGCUGUCCAGGGUCAAACAAGCGGCAGUGUUUGGAGUACCUUUCGGAAAAGCUGCGUUGAUGUCGCAAUGCGAUGGCUCGUUCCCGAAAGUACCUUUCGCAAUGUCAACAGGAUGACCAACGAAGCUUUGCAUAAAGGUGUGCGGUAAUGCCGUGGAUGUCGCUCGCUGAAGCGCCUGGCGGAUAGCGGACGCAGUAUGUGGAUUGUUCUGUAGUCGUGACUCUCCCAUCAUUCAUUCAGACGAUGACUAUUAAAGGGAAGAUUCAAGAGACCAUCUCUCAAGAACAAAGCCAGUGCCAAUGAAGAUUUUAAGAUGUUUUUUUUAUAAAGCUACCUCUUUAUUCAGAAUUUUGUUUCAUUCAUUCCUUCGCAAGCCAUUAAGAAACCCUUGGAGAUUUUAGGAAUAAGAAUGGAUAUUCCAAGUGUGUGCACAACAUUUGAAUAGUUGUGUUUUUUUGAGACUGGUACUUUAAUACAAGUACUGUCCUUCCCCUUCACUGAAGUUUAAUAUCUCUGAUGUUUGCAUUACCUCAGUAUCUAAUUUACGACUUUGUUAAUUUGUGUUAAUGUCUGAAGAUUUCCAGAGCGCUUAUCUGGAUAGUAUUUUUGUUAGAAAGGCAGUGCAAGUGCGUUUAACAUUAUUUAGGGUCUAGUUUAAAAAAAAUUGAGGAGCUGGUUGCAUUCCUUCUUUGGUUCAUGACUCUGGCCAACAAUACUUGUUGUCACUGGACAUAAGGCAUUCUUCAUAGCAGCCAGUCUCCUUCAGAAUCCAUCAGUGAGAUGGGUUUCCUGGUUACAAAUUUGCAGAUAAUAUGUGAUGUAACCAGUUUCCACGUUUAGCUGUUGCUGAGUAUGAACAUGUUCCUCUGAUUUUUAAUAAAGGAGAUUCAG